CACGCAUUGUCUUAUGCUGAUUCCCUCGCGGACAGAAACUGGCUCUGCAAGAGUGAGGGCCGCGAAGCUGGGCGGCCAGGGUAUUUCAGUAUAGACAUAGUUUUGGAGCCGGACUUGAAGGAUUAUUCAUGAAUCCGGAAUGGGUGACAGAGUCACCACGGCAUUUUAUUGAUAACAGUGGUGCAGAAGCAGCUAAUCACUGAUGAGAGCGUCGGAUCCCAAGAGUCUGAGCUUCAGGCCAUUCACAAGGUUUGGCUUGCCAGCAUGGAGCUUUUCAUAAAGAAAGGAGAGGGCUGGGAAGCUUGGGAGCAUGUUCCCCAUGGCUCUGACAGACACCGAGACCAGCCAGCUUUGUAACACCAUCAGGAAUGGCCUAUGAUGCCCCAGGCCUCACAGGGUAUUGUGCCUGAAAACUGGGCCCCCAGCACGGCAGCAGCAACAAACAAGCUCUCCCAGGACAGCUGCAGCCCCAGACUAUGGAUCCUUAUAAUGCAUCAGAAUCAACUCCUAGACAAAGCGCAACCUCAGGUCUUAAAGAUUACUUUAUAGGAGCCACCCCACUGCAGAGACGAUUGGAAUCAGUCAGGAAGCAGGUUUCAGUUCUCCCAACCCCAUCUCGAAGGAAGAUUCCUCAGUGUUCACAAUUGCAGGAAGAUGUUGAUCCUCAGAAAGUCGCCUUCCUUCUGCAUAAACAGUGGACUUUGUAUAGCUUAACUCCCCUGUAUAAGUUCUCCUAUACUAAUCUCAAAGAGUAUUCAAGACUUCUGAGUGCAUUUAUUGCUGCUGAAAAGCAAAAAGGACUCGCUGUGGAAGUGGGAGAAGACUUCAACAUCAAAGUGAUUUUCUCUACUCUCCUAGGAAUGAAAGGAACACAGAGGGACCCUGAAGCAUUUCUCGUCCAGAUUCUGUCAAAAUCUCAGAACAGAGAAGGUAAAGUGUUAUGGACUGGUUGGUUCUGCUGUAUAUUUGGAGAUAGUCUUCUGGAGACUGUUUCUGAAGAUUUCACCUGUCUACCCUUAUUCCUUGCAAAUGGAGCAGAGUCUAAUACAGCCAUAAUUGGAACUUGGUUUCAGAAAACCUUUGACUGUUAUUUCAGUCCUUUAGCAAUCAAUGCAUUUAAUCUUUCCUGGAUGGCUGCUAUGUGGACUGCAUGCAAAAUGGACCAUUAUAUGGCUACUACUGAGUUCUUUUGGUCUGUACCCUGUAGCCCUCAGAGUCUGGAUAUUUCUUAUGCAAUACAUCCAGAGGAUGCAAAAGCUUUGUGGGACAGUGUCCACAAAACACCUGGGGAGGUUACCCAGGAAGAAGUUGACCUGUUUAUGGACUGCCUUUAUUCACAUUUCCACAGGCAUUUCAAAAUUCAUUUAUCAGCCACAAGACUGAUUCGUGUUUCAACACCUGUAGCUUCUGCACAUACCAAUGGAAAAAUAAAGAUUCUGUGUCAUAAAUACCUUAUUGGUGUGUUGGCAUAUUUGACAGAACUGGCAAUUUUUCAAAUUGAAUGAGGCCUUGUGUGGACUCUAUGUCGUGGAUUAUCUUCCUGUUUUCAUUGGUAUUUGCCUACUUGCUAUGUUGAGAGGGACAGCAAGAGAAACGGGAUCCAUCUGUGCAUCUGCCUCUUCAUGGUGCCUUUGAAGUUGCUUGGAUGGAAGCCAGGAAGGAUCUAGAACACUGCAUGUGGUCAUGGUGAGCCGCAGCUGUGUGCUUAAGGACCAGUCAUGAUGAUCUGGAGUGCCGUUCUCUAGAAAAUGU